GUGGAAAUCACUGCCCCAGUCCGGGGGCGAGUCUCCACCCCGGGUUGCACCGGUCGGGGCUGCCGGGCAAGUUUGAGGAAGUCUGUGCGUCCGGGGCUUGUGACUGGGUCCCGUGACCCCGACACACACAGCGUUCUCCACGCAGCCACAUGGUCUCGCUGGGCGCACUGCUGCUGGGCUCGCUGCUGUGGGUCCCCUGCGGGGCGCUGCGCUGCCGUGGGGACGCGGGGCAGCCCGUGGACUGGUUCGUGGUCUACAAGCUGCCGGCUCAGAGCGGCCUGGAGGACGAGCCAUGGAGGGGGCUGCGCUACCGCUACUUGGACGCGAGCUCGGGGGGCUGGCGCGAAGGCGCCGGGCCCAUCAACAGCUCCAAGGGCGCCGUGGGCCGCAGCCUGCAGCCGCUGUACCAGGGCAACGCCAGCCAGAUCGCCUUCCUACUGUACAAUGACCAGCCCCCCAAACCGGCCUGGACUCCGGAUGUUUCCAGCCAUGGGCACGCGAAGGGCAUCCUGCUUCUGGACCAAGAAGGAGGCUUCUGGCUGGUCCACAGUGUGCCACGAUUCCCACCACCUCCAUCUUCUGGUGCAUACACCUGGCCUCACAAUGCCCAAACCUAUGGGCAGACCCUAAUCUGUGUGUCUUUUCCCCUCACUGAGUUCACAAAGAUUGGCAGGCAGCUGGCCUACAUCUUCCCCUUCGUCUAUAACUACAAGCUGGAUGACAUCUUUGCUCAGAAAUUCCCUGACCUGGUAGAUGUGGUCAAAGGCCAACACAUUCGCCAGGAACCCUGGAACAGCAGUGUAAUGCUCACGUCACAGGCAGGGACUACUUUCCAGAGCUUUGCCAAAGCUGGAAAGUUUGGAGAUGAUCUGUACUCUGGCUGGUUGGCAGAAGCUCUUGGUAUGGACCUACAGGUUCAAUUCUGGCCGAACUCUCCAGGUACCCUGCCAUCCAACUGCUCCGGUCCCUGGCAAGUUCUGAAUGUGAAUCAGACAAGCUUUCCUGGGCCAGCUGGACCAACCUUCCGUGCCUCAGAGGACCACUCCAAGUGGUGUGUGGCCCCAAGAGGGUCCUGGGCUUGCGUGGGUGACAUGAAUCGCAACCAUGGAGAGGAGCGUCGGGGUGGGGGCACAUUGUGCACCCAGCUGCUAGCCCUCUGGAAGGCCUUCCAGCCUCUGGUGAAGGCCAUCGAUCCGUGUGAGGGAGACCCCAGGGUCAGGAAGUCAGGAGAGCAAAGAACAAAGACUCAGGAACCAGUCUGGACUUGAGUUUGCCUGUUUGUUCUUUUUGCAGUGCUAGGAAUGUGCUCUACAUUGAGCUGCACCCAGUCCUGGACUUAAAGUUUGAAUCCCAGUUCAUCUCCCUCCUUGUGUGACCUUAUGUACCUUAUCCUAUCUGUGACUGUCUGUUCAUCUGCAAAAUGAAAAUCAUAUCAUGUACCACUCAGGAUCAUUGAGGAAAAAAAGGAAAUUGGUGAAUAAAGCUGUUAACCUUUCUUCAGGUGGGCGUGGGACACAGAUCA